AACCCCACCAGAGACGAUUCGCAGAUUCUGGCCAGAGAAAAAGACUAAAAUCCAUCCGUCGGUUUGCAUUUGUUUUAGCGUGAGAAGGUAGCCGGGGUAAGGAAGAUCGAUCUAAAUAACCCGCAGCCCAAAAUACCUCCCGGCCUGGCCUCCGACUCUCCGGUCACUUAAUCUGACUGCGUGCCGAUUUUUUUCGAACCGCCCCCAUCCGGGAUCGGGGCAGGUUUGUGUGCCCUAUUAGGCUUGCAGAUUACUAAUCUCAGCGGCGGUUUUGCCCCUGAGCUCCCAGCUGAACCUGGUUACCUUGAGAACUGUGGCACUUGUGCCGUCGGAGCGCACACCUCGUGGGAGCUCUGGUGCAUUCUAUUUUUAAUGCUGUUUAAUGAAGGAGUGUCUCACUCAGCGAUAAAGGAAGCAUGAUGGAAGAGCAGAGAGAUGAGUGGUUAUGGAUACGGGAAAAGGAAAAUCGCGAAGGUUGAUGAUGACCCGUCACACCAUCUAAAGGAACAGCAUGGAGACUGGCAUUCUGAACUGUUAAUGGGGACAUGGGACUCUCGUCUUUGAUCAGUUGUGUGGAUUUUACCCGUGAAAAGCGACAGAAGGAGCUGAAAAGACGCCGAGAGCUACAGCAGGAAAUCCACGCUCACGACUGCCCAGCCUGGUCAUUGUAAUUUCCGUCUGGGACGAUGUCCGAACAAGGUGAGCUGACCCCGGGAACGGGGGAAGAAGCCGGAAGCGAGCAGGACACAGCGCUCCCAGAGAAUGGCAUCAUCAAUAAGUCGGAAAGCUUGGAUGAAGAGGAGAGGCUGGAAUUUCAGAAACGCCUGGAUGCUCAAAACCAACAGAGAAGGAAAUCUAAGUCAGGGGCGGGAAAGGGCAAACUGACCCGGAGUCUCGCAGUCUGUGAAGAAUCAUCCUCUCGGCCAGGAGCAGAGGGCCUUCACGAUCAGGAAUCCAUUCAGUUACAACUUUCCAGAUUCCCAAGCCUACAAGAAGAUGAUAAAUCUAGUAAAGAUGACCUUGAGAAGGAAAAAGAAAAGGAUAAAAACAAAGAAAAAGAUAAAAGCUCUGAAAAAGCCAAGAUAAGAAUGUUAUCAAAAGAUUGCAGUCAAGAAUACACAGACUCUACAGGCAUAGACUUGCACGAGUUUCUGGUAAACACAUUAAAGAACAAUCCCAGGGACAGAAUGAUCCUAUUGAAAAUGGAGCAGGAAAUUAUUGAUUUCAUUGGUGACAACAAUAAUCAUUAUAAAAAAUUCCCUCAAAUGUCAUCGUAUCAGAGGAUGCUGGUUCACAGAGUAGCGGCGUACUUUGGAAUGGAUCAUAAUGUGGAUCAGACUGGAAAAUCUGUUAUAAUCAACAAGACCGGCAAUACUAGAAUACCAGAGCAAAGGUUUUGUGAACAUUUAAAAGAUGAAAAGUGUGAAGAAUCCCAGAAGCGGUUUAUCUUGAAGCGAGAUAACUCUAGUAUUGAUAAAGACGACAAUCAGCAAAACAGAAUUCAUCCAUUUAGAGAUGACAGACGAAGUAAAUCAAUUGAAGAGAGAGAAGAGGAGUAUCAGAGAGUAAGGGAGAGAAUAUUUGCACAAGAUUCAGUUUGCUCCCAGGAAAGCCUUUUUGUGGAGAACAGUAGGCUCUUGGAUGACAAUAGCAUAUGCAAUGAAACCCAUAAGAAAAGACAGCUAUUUAGGGGUAAUCGGGAUGGAUCAGGAAAGACUUCCGGCAGCAGGCACAGCAGCACGGAGAACGAGUGGAAGUGGUCGGAUCAUCAAAGGCCGUGGAGCAGCACGGACUCGGAUAGCUCCAGUCGCAACCUGAAGCCGGCCAUAACCAAGACGGCCAGCGUUGGAGGGAUCACCGUGCUAAUGAGGGGAGACAGCUCUUCCAGUAAUAGGAGUAGCGGAAAACUCUCCAAAACAGGUUCCGAGUCUCCCAGCAGCACGGGCUCCUCGGGAUCGCUGUCACGGACCCAUCAGCCUCUCCAAGGGGCACCGAUGGGCCCCGGGGUCCCGGCCGGCACGACGGCGGGCGGGCCUUACCCGGAGAACAGCCUGGGCGGCCAGGUAGCUCCCGGCAACACCAGCUACAUCUUGCUUCCACUUGAAGCUGCGGGCAUCCCACCGGGCAGCAUCCUCCUCAAUCCGCACACAGGCCAGCCGUUCGUGAACCCCGAUGGCACACCUGCAAUAUACAACCCGCCCAGCAGUCAACAGCCAAUGAGGAGCCAGAUGGUCGGCCAGUCCCAGCAACAGCCUCUGCCCCAAAGCCAGCAGCAGCCUCAGCCUCCUCAGCAGCAAAUGGCGAAUCACCUUCUCCCCCAGCCUGUUCAGGCCAUGCAGCCUUCUUCCCAGUCGGUGCAAUAUCCAGCAGUUUCUUAUCCACCCCAACAUCUUCUGCCACUGUCCCCAACGCAGCAAUACCCCGUGAGAGAUGAGGUGACAACCCAGUUCAGCCAUAUGAGUCUGAGCCGGCAGUCUUCAGGAGACACCCCGGAGCCACCAGCCGGCCCCGUGUUCUCCUCACCGAUCCUGCAGCCUCCAGCCCAGCAGCCUGGCUACGUGUUAGCCUCUACCAACCCACAGCUUCCUCCGGCGGGCUUCUCCGGCUCUGGGCCUCCCGUCUCCCAGCAAAUCCUCCAGCCUCCGUCCCCCCAGGGGUACAUACAGCAGCCCGCUUCUGCUCAGAUGUCAGUCUAUUAUUACCCGUCGGGUCAGUUCCCUACCUCAGCUACCCAGCAGUACAGACCCAUGACCUCCGUCCAGUUUAGCACCCAGCGGAGUCAGCAGCUGCCUCAAGCCACACAACAACCAGGUUAUCAGCCCGUCCUGUCCAGUCAGCAACAAGGAUUCCAAGGCCUGAUCAGCAUGCAGCAGCCUCCUCAGACUCAGAACCUGAUGAAUAAUCAACAGGGAAAUCAGGUGCAAGGCAUGAUAGUCCAGUAUCCGACCAUGUCUUCUUAUCAGGUGCCAAUGACCCAGAGUUCUCAAGGAUUGCCGCAACAGUCGUACCAACAACCGAUCCUGCUUCCCAACCAGUCAGGUCAGGGCACGCUGCCCGCCACGGGGAUGCCCGUCUUCUGCAGCGUCAUAUCUCCGGCCUCCCAGACCAACGUGCGGCUGAUGGGCCCCCACUGCCCCGCGGGGAGCAUCCCGGUCAUCUCUGCCAACUGUCGGACAAACUGCGCCAGUAUGAGUAAUCCCGGGUGGCAGGUCAAAUAUUAACAGCCGGGAGGAGCGUGAAAAUCCGGGUGGGUAACUCCGCGUCGAUGAGGGCGCGUGACCCAAAUCCCUCCGGGUGGAAAGGAGGAGCUUGGCAGGGGAAUCGGUCGAGGACGUAAGGAUUCGCGAGGCUCACGUGAUUGCUGCUGCUAUCUGUAAAAACAAAAAACUAAUAAUAAAUCAAACGUUCGCUGGUUAAUGGUGCAUAAUCUCGUCAUGUCCGCUAGAUAUGCCUUUAUAGCUUAGCUAGUGACAUGGAUUCAUCAAGGUAAGAUUUUUUCCUACCACUGAACACCACUGUGUAGAUUGUAAUAUCCCUGAUUUGGAUUAGUUUUGUACUUCGUGUUGAGUUUGUGAAGCUGAAGUAUUUAAAAAAGAAAAAAAUUAUAUAAUAAAACCUCACGGUACCAAAGCUGUAAUGGAAAAAAUGAAAAAGAAAUGCUGAAUUGAAGGAAUAAUUUAUAUACACUAUAGAGUUUUUUUAUGGAUAUAUACUGUAUUGUAGUGUCUAAUCAAAAUAAAACUAUUCGACCUUAUGGAGGAAGGUCAUGUUUCUA